AAGGCUUGAAGUAUGGAUACCAUGUAAACGGUUCUAAGAGCUGGCUGAUUGUUAAAUCACAACUUCUGGCGUCAGAAGCAGAACGGGUGUUUGGAAGCGAGGUUAAAAUAACAACUGAAGGAAGGCGUCAUCUGGGCGCAGUUAUUGGUUCUACAAAUUACAAAGAAGAGUACUGCAACGAAAAGGUCAACAGAUGGAGAGAAGAAAUCGAAGCACUAAGUGAUAUUGCAAAAAGUCAACCUCAUUCAGCCUAUGUUGCUUUCACAAAGGGCUUCAAAUCGAAGUUUACAUAUUUUAUGCGAACGAUAAGCUCCUUUGAAGAUUAUAUUAACCCUAUCGAGGAAGCCAUAAGUGAGUUGUUUUUCCCAGCCUUGUUCGGCCAAGAAGAGCCUCUGCCAGAAGAAUUGCACGAAGUUAUCACACUGUCCCCUCCACAAGGAGGUUUAGGGAUACCUGCAUUAAGUGAAGAAGCGCCACAACAGUACGCAGCAUCGACGUCAAUAACACGUCCACAUGUGGAGGCAAUAUUAUCGCAAUGCACUUCCAUGCCAGAGAUCACUAACGAGAUAAAAAACGAACAGCAGUCAAUCAAGAGGGCAAAUGCCAAUGCAAAAAGAGAACGUAUCGACGAGUCUCUCCCAGCCGAUCUCCUACUUUUUGUUAAACAAGCGCGGGAUAAAGGAGCAAGCUCAUGGUUAAAUGCUAUACCGGUUGAAGAACAAGGUUUGACCCUCAACAAAGAAGAAUUUAAGGAUUCGAUAAGAAUGCGGUAUGGCAUGCCAUUGCCUGACUUGCCAAGUCAUUGCGUUUGUGGGUCUGCAUUUUCCGUCAACCACGCAUUAUCGUGUAAAAGAGGAGGUUUUGUGGCCCGAAGGCAUGACGGUGUUCGUGAUUUACUGACCACGCUGCUCAGCAGAGUAUGCAACAACGUGGAAGCCGAACCGAAAAUCAUGCCAUUGGACAAUGAACAAUUCCGUUUACAGUCCACCAACAGAAGCCCGGAUGCGCGAUUGGAUAUCAAAGCUGGCGAGUUUUGGGCAAGAGGAGUUACAUCAUUUUUUGACGUCCGUGUAUCGCAUGUAAACUCCCAAUGUCAUCAAAACAAAGCCACAUCUGAUAUCUUUAAGGAACAAGAAGCCGAGAAGAAAAGAAAGUACCAACAGAGAAUCUUAGACGUGGAAAUGGGAACUUUUACGCCUUUAGUCUUUGGAACGAAUGGAGGA